AUGGCCGAUGAGGACAAGCUUAAAACCGCUUUCAUCACCGAGGCGGCCAACCUUUUCUAUAAGGUCAUGCCCUUUGGCCUCAAGAACGCAGGCGCAACGUACCAGCGCCUCAUGGAUAGAGUUUUUCACCCACUCCUCGGCCGAACAGUGGAAGUUUACGUAGAUGAUAUCAUCGUAAAGUCCCCCAACCCCAAGCAGCACUCAGCAGAUUUGGCAGAAGUCUUCAAGGCCUUGCGAGCAUAUAACAUCAGACUCAACCCCGAGAAAUGUACCUUCGGGGUCGAUAGCGGCAAGUUCCUCGGUUUCAUGCUCACGCAACGCGGGAUCGAGGCCAACCCCGAAAAAUGCCAAGCAAUAAUCGAUAUGAGAAGUCCCACAAACGUCAAGGAAGUACAACGCCUAGUGGGCAGGUUAACUGCUAUCUCACGUUUUCUCCCCAAGUUGGCCGACAAAACCAAACCAAUGAUCAAGCUACUAAAGAAAUCAGCCAACUCCGUUCUCGUCCAAGAGAAAGACAACACCCAACAACCCAUAUAUUUCACCAACCGAAUCCUCCAGGACCCGGAAACGCGAUACCAGAUGAUUGAAAAAGUAGCCCUCGCGUUGAUAACUGCAGCACGACGAUUACGCCCAUACUUUCAGUCCCACACCGUCAUCGUCAGAACGGACCACCCUGUGCAAAAAAUCCUCCAAAAACCAGAUUUGGCAGGACGGCUAUCUUCGUGGGCCAUCGAAUUGUCCGAAUUCAACAUCCAAUACGAGACACACGGUCCCAUCAAAGCACAAUGCUUAGCAGACUUCACCAACGACCUCCAGAGCCACUCAUCCACCCAAGACACUUGGUGGACGAUGCAUGUAGAUGGCUCCUCAAACCCCCAGGGUGCCGGUGCAGGAAUAGUACUAGAAGGUCCCGGCGACAUCCUUGUCGAGCAAUCCCUCCGCUUCAAUUUCAAAACUUCCAAAAAUCAAGCAGAAUACGAAGCCAUAAUAGCCGGCCUCAAUCUAGCACGCGACGUUGGCGCCAAGAAGCUAUUUUGCAAAACAGACUCCAAGCUCACAGUGGGGCACCUCAACGGCGACUAUCAAGUCAAGGACGCCUUGCUCUCGCAAUACUACCACGCGGUAACCGCCCUAAUCGAGCACUUCGAGGCUUUCAAGAUCGAACAUGUCCCCAGAAGUAACAACACCAGAGCCGACAUCCUCUCAAAGCUUGCUAGCACUAAGAAAAAGGGGCGAUACAAGUCGCUUUUGCAACACACCCUGAGCAUACCCUCCAUCGAGCAAACCAAUCAGUGCCUCAACAUCACCACAACCGGCACCUGGAUGGAACCUUUUGUCACAUACCUAGAAGACGGAACCACCCCAGCAAACGAAGACAAAGGAUGGACCCGGAAAGCGGUGCGCUAUAUUUUAGUCGACGGUGAACUAUUUAGACGAGGCUUCAGCAGACCCUUGCUCAAGUGCGUCACACGCGAGCAAGCCGAAUAUGUCAUGCAAGAAAUACACCAAGGAAUUUGUGGCUAUCACUCGGGUCCCAAGACCAUGGCCGCCAGGAUAUUGCGAGCCGGCUACUACUGGCCGACAAUGGAGGAAGAUUGCACCAUGUAUGUUAGAAAAUGCAUUCAAUGUCAAAAGCACAGCCCCGUGACGCACGUACCCCAUGAGGAACUCCACCACAUAUCCUCACCGUGGCCAUUCUCCAAAUGGGGAAUGGACAUCGUCGGCCCUUUCGCACCAGGUAAAGGCCAAGUGAAGUUCCUACUUGUCGCCGUCGAUUACUUCUCCAAAUGGAUCGAGGCAGAACCCCUUGCCACCAUAACUGCCAAUCAAGUGCAGCGUUUCGUCUGGAAGAACAUCAUAUGUCGUUACGGUAUCCCUCACACCAUCAUAACUGACAACGGCCGCCAGUUCAUAGACAAAGGCCUCAGCGAAUUCUACCGCAACCUGAAAAUCACACACAUCAGCAGUUCCGUCGAGCACCCCCAAACAAACGGCCAAGCAGAAGCUGCAAACAAAGUCAUCCUCGGCCAACUCAAGAAGCGGCUUGACGGGGCAAAGGGAAAAUGGCCAGACGAGCUCCUCGAAGUACUUUGGGCAUAUAGAUGCACGCCCCAAUCCUCCACCCACGAGGCACCAUACACCCUUGUCUACGGCACCGAUGCUGUGAUUCCCAUGGAAAUCGGACAACCAUCCCUACGCCAGCAACACCAUAACGCCCAAUCCAAUGACGACUGUAUGAAUACCCAUCUCGACCUUCUCUACGAAGCACGAGAAAAGGCACGCAUCCAUGACCUGGCGACCAAAUUAAGAGCCGCCAGAAGAUACAACUCCAAACUCAAACCACGCUCUCUCCAUAAGGGCGACUUAGUCUGGAGGAUGACCAGUAAAGCGCGGAAACACGAAGGCAAAUUCUCACCAAACAGGGAGGGCCCAUUUCGUAUACUAAAGGACGUCGGCAAGGGAGCAUACCGUCUGGAGAAACUUUCUGGAGAACCACUACCCAGCACUUGGAACAUUUCGCAUUUAAAGUUUUAUUUUAGCUGA